CUCUCUCUCACACACCCCCGCUUGGGCCUCUUCUCUCUCUCCGGCUCCAUUUUCUCCGCCGCCGGGGGCCGGGGUCUCCUGUGGGGCGCCCAGCCGGUACCCCAGGUCUCCCUUCAGGGCCGGGGUGAACCCCCGGGGGAGCCGGGAGGGAGGAGACGGGCGGGGGUGGGGGCGGAGGGAGCAGCGGCCCCGGCGAGUUUUGGGGGACAGUAACCAGGCGGGGGGAGGGGCGGAGCAGGGAGGGGGCCCCAGGGCCCCCCCCAGCUAUGGACGAGCGGCUGCUGGGGCCGCCCCCUCCAGGCGGGGGUCGGGGGGGUCUGGGAUUGGUGGGUGGGGAGCCCGGGGGCCCUGGUGAGCCUCCCGGUGGCGGAGACCCCGGUGGGGGCAGCGGGGGGGUCCCGGGAGGCCGAGGGAAGCAAGACAUCGGGGACAUUCUGCAGCAGAUAAUGACCAUCACCGACCAGAGCCUGGACGAGGCCCAGGCCAAGAAACAUGCCCUAAAUUGCCACCGAAUGAAGCCUGCUCUCUUUAGCGUCCUGUGUGAAAUCAAGGAGAAGACCGGCCUCAGCAUCCGAAGCUCCCAAGAGGAGGAGCCGGUGGACCCGCAGCUGAUGCGCUUGGACAACAUGCUUCUGGCAGAGGGUGUGGCUGGACCCGAGAAAGGCGGGGGCUCAGCAGCAGCAGCUGCAGCCGCUGCAGCCUCUGGGGGUGGCGUAUCCCCUGACAACUCCAUCGAACACUCGGACUAUCGCAGCAAACUUGCCCAGAUUCGCCACAUCUAUCACUCGGAGCUGGAGAAGUAUGAGCAGGCAUGUAACGAGUUCACAACCCACGUCAUGAAUCUGCUGAGGGAGCAGAGCCGUACACGGCCCGUGGCACCUAAGGAGAUGGAGCGCAUGGUGAGCAUCAUCCAUCGAAAGUUCAGCGCCAUCCAGAUGCAGCUCAAGCAGAGCACCUGUGAGGCUGUCAUGAUCCUGCGUUCUCGCUUCCUGGAUGCCAGACGAAAACGCCGGAACUUCAGCAAACAGGCCACAGAGGUCCUAAAUGAGUAUUUUUACUCCCACCUGAGCAACCCGUAUCCUAGCGAAGAGGCUAAGGAAGAGCUCGCCAAGAAGUGUGGCAUUACCGUCUCUCAGGUCUCCAACUGGUUUGGCAACAAACGGAUUCGCUAUAAGAAAAAUAUUGGAAAAUUUCAAGAGGAGGCAAACAUCUAUGCCGUUAAGACUGCCGUGUCAGUCACUCAGGGGGGCCACAGCCGCACCAGCUCCCCGACACCCCCUUCCUCUGCAGGCUCUGGCGGCUCUUUCAAUCUCUCAGGAUCUGGAGACAUGUUUCUCGGGAUGCCUGGGCUCAACGGAGAUUCCUAUUCUGCUUCCCAGGUGGAAUCGCUUCGACACUCGAUGGGGCCUGGGGGCUAUGGGGACAACCUCGGAGGAGGCCAGAUGUACAGCCCCCGGGAAAUGAGGGCAAAUGGCGGCUGGCAGGAGGCUGUAACCCCAUCCUCAGUGACAUCCCCAACAGAGGGACCAGGGAGCGUUCACUCUGACACUUCCAACUGAUCUUGCCCCUCAGGGCCACAGGGCGGGGGCUCACAAGGCGACUCUUGAAGAAGAUGCAGGCAUCCAGAGGACAAACCCCAGACGCAGGAGAAGCACAAGACAGAGAAGGGCAAAUGGGGUCUUCCCCUCCCGGAUCGGACUCUCAGUGCUGGGGGUGGUAGCUACAUGGCAGGGAGAAUGGGGUCCCCUAAGGGGACAGUGAGGUCUGUCUUCCCCUUUUUCCCUCCUUUCAUCCUUUCUCCUACACAGAAACACACUCCCAGAAUCCUCUUUUUCAGACUUCUCUCUCAUACACAUACAACUGUUCUGUUUCUCUCUUAUGUUCUCUCUCUCUUUGGCCUUCUCCUACUUCUCCUCCCACCCGACUUACCUACUCUGGAAUCUACGGAGACACCAGCCCUGCCCAACCAGAGAUGCCAAAAAUGGGGACACAACUUCUGGACAGAGGACAUGGGCCGUGCCCCCUGUGCAUCCCCACACCCUGCUCCUCCAGAUGGCUUUAUUACCUCAUACGCAGCUCAUCUUAAACCAAUAGAAUCGCUCGGUGGACGAGAGUGUCUGACUCAGAUAUCUACCUCGGAGGGAGUUUCUGCUACUUUAGGGAAUUGUUGACUGGGCUUUGGGGUUGAACUUUUUGUUUUUUUAAAGGAAAAAAAGAAACCCUGGGAUCUGUCUGUAUUUGGGGGGGGGGGGUUUGUUUUGUUGUUGUUGGUUUUUGAUUUUUAAUUUAGUUUGGGGAAGUAGACAUUUUUAUAAAUAAUGUCGUUUUUUUUUGUUUUUGUUUUUUUUUUUUGAUUUCUUGCUUUCCCAUGUUAGGGGUGAUAGCCAAAGGGGUCCUGGUAAGAGAAAGGGAAACAAACAGAACUGAUGAAGAGGCUCACCUGGCUCCAGUCCUGUCCAUCAGGAAGUGAAUUUUGCAAGGCACCAAUCCCUCACCCAUAGAGUGGCCAAGGUGUUCUCCUUUGCUUGUGCAGGCAGCUGGAUGCUGCAUUUGGUGUGGAGGCUGUGCGGGCCGUGCCUUGCUGGCCUUCUAUCCCCCUCUCCCCACAACCCUUGGGUAGGUCUGGACUCAGUGUUAGUAAUUUUGAGGAAAUCGAAGGUGCUACCUUCCCCUGUGACACGUCGUUUUUUUUUUAACUAUUUUCAGAUUGGAAGGGGAAGGAUCGGGAGGGGGUUAUUGCCAAAUAUGUUAAAUAUGGGUCGGGGUGCUUGUGUAUGUAUCUUCCUCAGUUUCCCCAGAAAUGAGGUAUCUUUUUUCUCACGCCAAAAUUAAGGGGGUAGGGAGAGAGAGGAGGGAGGUUGCAAAAAGCCAGGUGUGGGGAAAAGUAAAACCAACACCAUCCCAUCCUCGGCCCCGAGCCCUGCCAUCUGAACCCCUCAAACAUCCUCAGGAUUUAACAAGACUGUCUUGAGUGGGAAACCCCUCCCAUCAAAGAUGUGGGCAGAUUGGGAGUGUGAUGGGGUGGGCGGCGGGAGGCACGGUCCAGGGGCAGUUCUCUCCUCACUUGUAAACUUGUAGUUUCACAGAACAAACCGCAGUUUUAAAUAAAGAAAUUUUUUUUUCCCCCUGGG